ACCAUAUUUGGGUGUUGUAGGAAGCGUGUGGGCGAGGAGCUGGAAGAGGGGCUUAGAGAAGGAGGCGGGGCCCAGAGACUGCAGCACAUCCUUCACCUGGCCUCAUCCACCGGAGAGUACGACAAACUCACACAGGGUCUCUAUGAUAACUUCCUGUCCAUGCGUGUGAAAGACCCCAGUCUGGGCGGAGUGUGUCAGGCUCUGGAUUGGCUGGGUUUCUCAGACGGGUUGACCCAGGCCAUGCUGCAAGGGCAGAACUUCUCUCUGCUGCGAUACCAGCCCUUCCUCCCCGUAGCUUUCCACUUCCUGUUUGCUCACACACACGUCCCCCGGAUCAACUACCCCCACAGCCAGUACGAGGCUCUAACUAAGACCACGGCCAGCAGGAACGCUCUGGCGGCCAUGUUGUCUGACGUCCCAGCAUGCAUCAGGACCAGAGUCAGUGAGCUCAGUCUCAGUCUGGACAUCCUGUCUCUCCUGCUGGAUAUCAUCUGUCCUAAAUUACGACCUGUGAACCCCCAGUUGUUCAGCAGUAGAGAGAAACAACAGCUGGUUGAGCUGAUCGACACCAUGAUCUCCUAUAACCUCUGCUAUAGACAGGACAGAACACCUGACGGACAAUAUGUCUACGUACUGGAGCCGCGUGUGGAGGAGGUGGUGUGUUUCCCAGGCCUGCCCCCCCACAGACAGCUGACUUACCAGACCAAACAGACGAUCAGCAGAGAGAUGGACCAGGAGAGGAUGAGGAGAGCAGAAUCACGGAUGAGCAACACACACAAGAAGCAGCAGGAAGAGAAGGAGAAACCUCCUAAGGCAGUGACAUCAUCAGUGACAUCAUCCGUCAGGAACCACCAACAGAGGCUGGAGAACAUCCUGAGGAACACUGUAGUGGAGAUCAGGCCAGAGGUGGAUUUCUUUGGCCGAGCCGUUGCCCCCAAGGAGAAGCCACAGGUGGUCUCUGCUACAG